UUUUGCAACAGCUCCAGUCUGCAGCGCUCCGCCGCUCUCUGCUCUGCAGGUGAGAGAGAACCCGGAGCGCUGGAUUUGAGCCGCCGCCGUGUUGUCUGUGCGACUGACUGCGAGGAUCCCUAACUGCGAUGUGCAGGUUACAGGGAUGACUUGUGGUCUGGAUGGCUGAUGGACAGAAACGGCGACCGGUUACAAGAUGCUGGCUCGAAACCGCUUCCUCCUCCUGGUGGUGGUGGGCGGGUCGGUGCUGGCCGUCCUCAGUUUCAGCCUGCAGUUCUUGAACCUGCUGCCCACCAGUCCCAUGCUGGACGAGCAGCCUGUCCAGGCUGCAGAUGGGGGGUUUAGGGCUAUUCAGGGGAAGAGCAGAAAGCGAGUAUUUCCUGUGCAUCACACCCAAGAGCCCGAUCCUGUGUCCGAGGCCUACAGCUACUGCAAUACCCCCAACCACACCGAACAAGCCUGGGAAGGUCACAGUCCGGCAGACUACAGGCUGCUGUCUGUUCACGUGAUGAUUCGCCACGGGGACCGCUACCCUCUCUACUCCAUCCCAAAGACCAAACGCCCCAGCAUCGACUGUACCCUGUCUGCCAGCAGGCAGCCUUCCCAUCCUCUGCUAAGCCCCUUUAUUAAUCACAUGGGCCAAGGGACCAGUGGCCACUGGGAGGCACCGCUGGGCUCCAUUUCCCGUCUCCCCAACCACAGUGUCUGUGAGAUGGGGGAACUCACACAGACAGGCGUCGUGCAGCACCUUCGCAACGGACAGCUCCUCCAUCACGCCUACAAGCGCCAAAGCCUGCUCCCCUCCGAUUGGUCGCCUCGGCAGGUUUGGGUGGAGACGACGGGGAAAAGCCGAACCCUCCAAAGCGGGAUGGCCUUUCUCUACGGCUUCCUCCCAGAUUUCGACUGGACCAAGUUGACGGUGCGUCAUCAGUGGAGCACGUUGUUCUGCGGCUCGGCGUGCGAGUGCCCCGCCAGGAACAGGUACCUGGAGGAAGAGCAGAGGAGGCAGUACCGCCUCAGGGUGGCCAAUUCCAACCUGGAGAGGACUUAUGUCGACAUGGCACGCACUUUAGGCGUUCUCACUCGUCAGCUCCGAGCAGCAAACCCCGUAGACUCGCUGCUUUGCCACCUGUGCCAUGGCCUUUCCUUCCCGUGCGUUCCCAGUGGAGACGGUGGUGCCAGCAGCUGCCUGACGAUGGCGCAGUUUGCGGUAAUUCGUCAACAACAGAAGGAAGACGAGGUGGAUCGGAAAAGAUUCGGGGUUUACCGUAAAUACGCCAUCCUGGCCAUGUACCCGUACCUCAACAGAACUGCCAACAAGAUGGAAAGGGUCGCUAAGGCCUACAAGGGGGACCAGCAGCCUCUCCGGGGAGGGGAGGAGGUCUUCACCCUCUCAUCAGGUCACGACGUCACCAUGUCCCCUUUGCUUAGCGCCCUGGGACUAGACGAGGCCAAGUUUCCUCGCUUUGCCGCAAGGAUAGUCUUUGAAAUGUGGAAAAGCACGCCUGCAACACGAGGCCGGGCAAAAAACCGAGGCGGGAAAGGCGAGAGGUCGAAGUCCAAUCUGAGAGACGAGGACGUGUUCAUCAGAGUGCUGUACAACGGCGAGGACGUGACAUUUCACACUGCUUUCUGUCAUUCCAAAGACCGUCACAUCAGCCAGCCGCUCUGCCCUCUGAAAAACUUCCUCACCUUUGUCAGGAAGGACAUGUUCAGCGUCGUCAACGCUACUUCCUACAAGGAGGCAUGCUUCAAGCACCCAGGCUGACAGCCGGAGAGCAAGGUCGCAGACUACGGACGGCCAGUCGGCGGGUCGUUGGGAUUCCCUAGGUUCUUAAGUUCAGCAGAAGGUGCUUUUUCAUGCUGCUCAUCAUGACUGGCGUGUUUUGGAUAAAGGUCCUCCACAUUCCCACAGGCAAGAGAGUGAUGAAUACGCACACUCGUCUACUUGAGAUAGUUUGGAGACGUACGUUUCUGAUUAUGUUCUGACCUUUGUCUAAUCAGCUCUGGUGUAGAUUUUGUUUAUCGAGACCUGAUAGAUAAAUACCUCAAGGAAAAUUGAACGGCACUUUAUUCUUUUAUUCUGUAACUAAAGGGAAUUGUACAUUUUCUUCGUGGCCAAAUAAAGGCUUGUGAGAAGGAGAUGAUGAAAAUACAGAUUGUGUGUUGGAACAAUAGUUACUUGGAAAUAUUUUGUAUGAUUAAUCUUUUAAUAGAAAAUUCACAUACAUUAGACAAAGGCUUGAGUCACUUUCUGUUUUCCUGUGAGUUUGUUACUUAUAGCUGUAGGUUUGUUAAAAAUCAAUUUAUAACUCAACUUUGAUGUUGGUCUUAUUAUAUUCUUUCUAAAAAAAUUGAUGGCAUUCCUUUUUCAGUGUAUUUUUUAUUUUUAUAACCUGAUUAAAUUCCAGAUCAAAGUCUUAUUUUCUCUUGUUUGUGAAUCUAAUCUUGGUUAAUUUUGAUCAGAGAUUUACACCCAUUAAAAAGUUGUUUUAAUGUGG